AUGGUCAGGACUACGGGUGAGCAUUGCACAGAUUUGGAAACCGUGCAGGAGCAAACCAACCAAAUCUUGACGACCUUGACCCAACAGACAACUACACUGGAGGGCGCGCUGCAGGAGGUGGUGAUCCAGUUGCAGAAUCUUACGGUCGAGCAAAAGCAGACUGGGGAGCUUUUGAAUCGUCUCAUGGUGAAGGAAUUGGGGAAGAAUCAGCUGACGGGGACGGCGGCUGCUGGCGGCGAGAGCGUACCGACCGACACGACCGCGGAGUUGGCAAGGGCGGAGGCAGCAACAGAGAAUAUGGCACCGGCGACCAGGGUAGUAACGCGGACCUGGGAGGCGGUGGGGAUCGUGAGAGCGGUGGACCGAAGGGCUCCAGCGGGACGACUUUCCUAG